AUGAUUGACGUAACAGACUAUCGACGAACAGGGCCUAACAUUCCUGGAGGACCUCACUACUCAAAUGACGAGAAAUCAAGAAAGAUGAUUGACGUAACAGACUAUCGACGAACAGGGCCUAACAUUCCUGGAGGACCACACUACUCAAAUGACGAGAAAUCAAGAAAGAUGAUUGACGUAACAGACUAUCGACGAACAGGGCCUAACAUUCCUGGAGGACCUCACUACUCAAAUGACGAGAAAUCAAGAAAGAUGAUUGACGUAACAGACUAUCGACGAACCGGGCCUAACAUUCCUGGAGGACCUCACUACUCAAAUGACGAGAAAUCAAGAAAGAUGAUUGACGUAACAGACUAUCGACGAACAGGGCCUAACAUUCCUGGAGGACCUCACUACUCAAAUGUAAACCAUGCAACGAGCUUAACAGUGGGCAGAGUUUUGGUUAAAUUUUGUGUGAAGUGUGUUUGA